CUUUUACCACCGGUGCCGCACUACUCAAGGGGCAGUGGUACCCUCGGCGUCUAUUUUGGCAUCACAUACCACCACGCUCUCAGUCAGCCAUGUUGCAGUGGAGGAAGAAGUCGAAUCUCACAAACCUCUUGGACUGAUAGGAUGACAGCCACCAAGUGUGCUGUGUGCCAGGCACCGGCCAGUCAGAAAUGUGCCAAAUGUUUCGUCACAGUCUACUGCAGCAAGGAUCAUCAAAAGCAACACUGGAAGAUUCACAGGACAGAAUGCAGUCCUUACAGGGUAUGUCAGUCAGCGGAGCUCGGUCGGUAUUUGGAAGCCUCGCGUGACAUAAAGGCAGGUGAAAUCAUACUCCGGGAUUCUCCUCUGGUUGUUGGACCAAAGCAAGUGACUGCGCCUGUCUGCCUUGGGUGCUUUACUCCAGUAAAUGGAUCGUACAGCUGUACGGAUUGUGGAUGGCCAAUGUGUGGUCCGGAAUGCCAGAAGAUUGUCCUUCAUUACCCUGAGUGUCAGCUCUCAAGGAACAGACCAGUGAAAGUCCAGGUGAAUCAGUUCAAGAAUAUCAAUCAAAUGUAUGAGUGCAUUACCCCCCUGAGAUGCCUGUGGUUGAAAGAACAGGACCAAGCAAAGUGGUCCUCCCUUUGUCAGAUGGAGUCUCACCUGGAGCGUCGUAUAAACACAGACGUCCACGAAAUUAAUCAGGCCAACGUUGUUGAUUUUAUUCAAAAGUACCUGAGGGUACUGAGUUAUUCUGAGGAAGAGAUCCAUCGUAUUUGUGGUGUAAUAGAUGUGAACGGUUUUGAAAUUCCUGGUCCUAAUGUAAUAGGACUCUAUGGGAAGGGUUGUCUCUUAGAGCACAAUUGCAUCCCAAAUUCCUCUAGGACUUUCGACCCACAGUUGAACAUAAUCAUCAGGGCUACUGUAGAAAUAAGCAAAGGUGAACACAUCACUACUUCGUAUACUGAUCCCAUGUGGGGGACAGCUAACCGACAGUUAUACUUGAGGACAAGUAAGUACUUUAAAUGCACGUGCGACAGAUGUAAAGAUCCAACAGAACUGGGAACUCACUUAAGUAGCCUUAAAUGUAGCCACUGUUCGUCAGGAGUUGUGUUACCUUCUCCUAAUCCACUCAGUCCAGAAGCUUGGGUGUGCAGUUCCUGCUCUGCAAGCGUCAUCCUGGAUCAGGUGGACGGCUUCCUCAAAGAGACUGGGGAGAAACUGGUGCGUCUUAAGUAUAAUUCCUUGUCUUCUUCAGAGGCAUUCCUUAAAGCUACAUCUUCGAAGUUCGGUGAGAAUCAUUACUACAGGACCGACGUUAAGAUGGCCUUAGCCCAACUCUAUGGCCGUCCAGGGGGUCCCGAUAAACAAGAACUUAAGGAUUUACCGAAAGAUCUGGUAGACAGGAAGGAAGAGCUCUGCCGGGAAGUUCUCAAACUUGCAGAUAUUUUUUGUCCGGGACUGAGUCGCCUUCGUGGUUUGCUGAUGUACGAGUUACAAGCAAGUCUAAUGGAGAAGUUCAGAAGGCUUCCUAAGAAACUUAAAGCGUCGGCCCCUGGGAAAGUACUGCUCAAGGAAUCUGCUCAGCUAUUGAAGGAAUCCAGUGCUAUUUUGUUAAUGGAAUCGCCGCUGCAAGAUGAAUACCAACUAGCUAUGCAAGCAGAGGCUGACUUAGAGUAUGUUAACAACAUGCUCGGUAAGAAACGGUGAAGCAGUCGCUCAAGAUCUUUGCUCAAGACCCUGUCCAAAUGCACCUUAAUCUAAGCACAUGAUGUGAACUCGAGAUGAGUAAGAAAUGAAAAUAAAUUGUUGAUGAAAU